AGGGCUGGAUCUCCGCACGUCACUGCCGCGUGUCGCCAGGGCGGGGACUUUGCCAGCCGGGACAGCCACCGCAGCUCUCCGCAGCCGUGCCGGGGACCCGCGGGGGACACAGCUGUCUCAGUGCCCGGGACACAGACAAUAACAGAUUGACUAGAUCCCAGCAGGAUGGCAACAGUCAAGGGUGUCUCAGCUUUCAGUGCUGAGCAAGAAGCACAGGCACUAAGGAAGGCCAUGAAGGGAUUGGGCACAGAUGAAGAUGCCAUCAUUGAGAGCUUGACCAAACUGAACGUUUCCCAGCGUCAGCAAGUUCUGAUCACCUAUAAAAGCACUAUUGGCAGGGAUUUGAUUGAUGACUUGAAGUCUGAGCUGAGUGGGAAUUUUGAAAGGGUGAUCAUUGGUUUGAUGACUCCUACCACCAUGUAUGACGUGCAUGAACUGAGGAGGGCUCUAAAGGGAGCAGGGACAGAUGAAGGCUGCCUGAUUGAAAUCCUGGCUUCUCGCACCAACGAGGAGAUUCGGCACAUCAACCAGAACUACAAACUCCAGUAUGGCUCCACCCUGGAGGACGACAUCGUCUCUGACACGUCCUCCAUGUUCCGCAGGGUCCUCGUGUCCCUCUCCACGGGUAACAGAGAUGAGGGAACAUUUGUGGAUGAAGCCCUUGCUCAACAAGAUGCUCAGUGCCUGUAUGAAGCUGGGGAGAAGAGAUGGGGCACAGACGAGGUGCAGUUCAUGUCCAUCCUCUGCACACGGAACAGGUGCCACCUGCUCAGAGUUUUUGAUGUGUACAGAGCCAUUGCUAAUAAGGACAUCACAGACAGCAUUAAAUCCGAGAUGUCAGGAGAUCUUGAGGAUGCUUUGUUAGCUGUGGUAAAGUGCUUGAGGAAUAAACCUGCUUAUUUUGCUGAGAGAUUGUACAAAUCCAUGAAGGGCCUGGGCACCGAUGACAGCACGCUGAUCCGGGUGAUGGUGUCCCGUGCUGAGAUUGACAUGCUCCACAUCAGGAGGGAGUUCCUGGCCAUGUAUGGAAAAUCACUCCACUCCUUCAUUAAGGGAGACUGCUCAGGGGACUACAGGAAGGUUCUGCUCAGGCUGUGUGGUGGGGAGGAUUAGAGGACGCCUGGGAAGCCUGCUGGGUGAUGGGAAGCAGCUGAUCAUAGACUUGUUUAGGUUGGAAAAUAUCCUUAAGAUCAUCGAGUCCAAUUAUGAUAAAGAUUUCUUUCUUCUUUUU